AUGGAUGCAGCAGCAUCAAUUAAUGAGUAUUUGCAUCCUGCCUACGCGCCUCAGGUGGCCACGUACCAGUUGGGGAUGAGUAGAGAGGAGGAGGAGGAGAACCAGUCCGAGCUGGCAGGACUCGGCGAAAGCCGUCUGCUACGACCCGUUCCUCUGGUUGUCGACUGGCCCAUUUCGGCGGGCGAGGCUUCCCAGUGCGGCGGAAUAGCAGAAAAAAAAAAGGCUUAG